GCGUCACGGGCGGGGAGUUCCUUAAAGGGGCAGCGCGCGGGGCUCCGGGCGGACGCGGGCGCGGGCGCGGCGGUGGUCGGCGGGGCUGGUCCCGCGCUGGAAAAUAAUGCCCGCGGCGGCCGCGCGACCAUGCAAUGGCGAGCGCUCGUCCUGGGGCUGCUGCUCCUCCGGCUCGGCCUGCACGGCGUCCUGUGGCUCGUCUUCGGGCUGGGCCCCAGCAUGGGCUUCUACCAGCGCUUCCCGCUCAGCUUCGGCUUCCAGCGCUUGAGGGGCCCCGACGGCUCCGCGCCCUCCGACCCGGGGCCGGCGGGCCAGCCGGGGGCGCCGUCGGGGCCGUCGUGGCUCCCGCGGUCCGGGGUCCGGGCGGCGGCGGCGGCGGCGGCGGCGGCGGCCGGCCGGCCCGAGGCUCCGCGGCGGCCGGGACCCAGCGUGUGCGGCCCGGCGCCCUGGAGCUACGCGCUGGGCGGCUGCGGCCCGGACGAGUACGAGCGGCGCUACAGCGGCGCCUUCCCGCCGCAGCUGCGGGCCCAGAUGCGGGACCUGGCGCGGGGCAUGUUCGUCUUCGGCUACGACAACUACAUGGCGCACGCCUUCCCCCAGGACGAGCUCAAUCCCAUCCACUGCCGCGGCCGGGGGCCCGACCGCGGGGACCCCUCCAAUCUGAACAUUAAUGACGUGCUGGGGAACUAUUCUCUGACCCUUGUGGACGCAUUGGAUACCCUCGCAAUAAUGGGAAAUUCUUCGGAGUUCCAGCGGGCGGUCAAGUUGGUGAUCAACACCGUCUCAUUUGACAAAGAUUCCACCGUCCAGGUCUUCGAGGCUACAAUCAGGGUCCUGGGAAGCCUCCUCUCCGCCCACAGAAUAAUAACGGACUCCAAGCAGCCCUUUGGUGACAUGACCAUCAAGGAUUAUGAUAAUGAAUUGCUGCAUCUGGCCCACGACCUGGCGGUGCGGCUCCUCCCGGCCUUUGAGAACACCAAGACGGGCAUCCCCUAUCCGCGGGUGAAUCUAAAGACAGGUGUUCCUCCCGACAGCCGCAAUGAGACGUGCACGGCCGGAGCGGGCUCGCUCCUGGUGGAGUUUGGGAUCCUGAGCCGGCUGCUAGGAGACUCCACCUUUGAGUGGGUUGCCCGACGCGCGGUGAAGGCGCUCUGGAGCCGCCGGAGCAAUGAUACGGGACUUCUAGGCAAUGUUGUGAACAUCCAGACCGGCCACUGGGUUGGGAAGCAGAGCGGCCUGGGUGCCGGGCUGGACUCCUUCUAUGAAUACCUGUUGAAGUCGUACAUCCUCUUCGGGGAAGAAGAAGACCUGGAAAUGUUUAACGCCGCCUAUCAGAGCAUUCAGAACUACCUGAGGAGAGGGCGGGAAGCGUGUAACGAAGGAGAAGGAGACCCCCCGCUCUACGUCAAUGUGAACAUGUUCAGCGGGCAGCUCAUGAACACCUGGAUCGACUCUCUGCAGGCGUUCUUCCCAGGACUGCAGGUUCUGAUAGGAGAUGUAGAAGAUGCCAUCUGCCUCCAUGCCUUUUAUUAUGCCAUAUGGAAACGGUACGGGGCCCUCCCUGAGCGGUAUAACUGGCAGCUGCAGGCCCCCGAUGUUCUCUUCUAUCCUCUGCGACCGGAGUUAGUGGAAUCCACUUAUCUCCUCUACCAGGCCACCAAGAAUCCCUUCUACCUCCACGUCGGAAAGGACAUUCUUCAGAGUCUGGAGAAAUACACGAAAGUCAAGUGUGGGUACGCCACGCUGCACCACGUCAUAGACAAGUCCAAGGAGGACCGCAUGGAGAGCUUCUUUCUCAGUGAGACCUGCAAGUACUUGUAUCUGCUGUUUGAUGAGGAGAAUCCAGUCCACAAGUCUGGGACCAGAUACAUGUUCACCACGGAAGGCCACAUCAUCUCGGUGGACAAGCACCUUCGGGAGCUGCCCUGGAAGGAGUUCUUCUCCGAAGACGGAGGGCAGGGCCACGGGGGGAAGUCUGUGCACAGGCCCAAGGCCCACGAGUGGAGAGUCAUCAACUCCAGCUCCAACUGCAAUCGUGUUCCGGAUGAGAGGAGAUACUUGCUGCCCUUGAAGAGCGUCUACAUGCGCCAGAUCGACCAGAUGGUCGGCUUGAUAUGACCUGCUUGUCCCUGCUGCGUCUUCAACCAAACCUAACCAAGUAAACCCAGGCCACGCGCACAUCCAGCGUGCAGUGGGAAGGACGGGAGUCUCGCUGCGCGUCACAGGGUAGAAAUUCGAUCUAACCUACCACCCACACAGCUGGUUAGUGUGGCUACUUCCUGCACACUUCAGUGUUUCCCUUCUGUUCAAUAAAUGCCCUGUUUUUCUUAGUGA